UUCAAUCGGAACGGUUUAGGAUUUGCACAGACGGAUUGUCCCGCUGGGGUAAUUUGUGUGGAAGAAAGCAGCAGAAAGGAGAAAAAGUAGAAAUUUAAGGGGAGCCUUCUGACUUUCACGGAAAAUAUAGAAAAAGAACCAAUAACCUUCUCGGUGCGGUGGCUUUCGUUAUUCCGAUUAGGAAUUUGAAAGUGUCCCGAAAAAGUGUGUGUGUGCGGAAAGGAAGAAAAAUCGACGGGAAAAUCGUUUGACGGAAAAAGGACAUCUUGGUUUUUUCUUCACUCUGCGUCGCGGCUGAAAACGGAUCGGAAGUUCGAUUUUUCUACAACCACAUCUGUCCGGGUCGAUUUUUCCUGCUCGGAAAUAUGUGAAAAUUUGUGGCUGGUUGUUGAAACACCUGCUCGUGCUGGUGGGAAUAUUCUGUUCCCGUUUUGUGACCGGAGUUAGACAUGUUUCUAGGCGAAAUUUUGGUACCCUGGCGGAAAAUAAAUUGGGUCCCGAAGUGAAGAAAAAGUGAAAAAACCAUUCCAUAACAGCAAAUCGCGUGUUUAGUCCUUUUCCCCGUAGUUGUCCUCCAGUUCCCCCUCCUUUUUCCCAUCUUUUAAUUUCCUCUUAGUCCUAACUUUAAAAUAAAAAAAAAAGAUCAAACUGCAAUUCCAUUUUACAUUCCAUCCUCAUUGUGAGUGAGUAAUUGACUCCUGGAGAAAAGUGAAAAUCAUCGGAAAAACUUAACCAUUUGCUGUUAUUUUUGGAAAAAAUCGAGUGCACUAAAAAAAAUUCACCGCCUCUUCUGCCCGGCUAACCAAAACAAAACAAAUAAAACGCAUUGAUUGCGUCACAAAGAGUGCUAACGCUAACGCCUAAACAAAGUCGCUAGCGCGGUCACCUAGCAGCAGAAAGCUAAUCAAAUCGAAGGAGACCACGGGCUGCAAUGGUCAGUUCAACCAUCACGCUAGACAAGAAAUCAUCAUCAGCAUCGACAUCAUCCUCAUCAGCAACGGCAACAGCAGCUAAUACAGCAUCAGCAUCGGCGCUCGCAUCCGCUUCCGACAGCAUCAUCUCGAUACCGCUAAAUGCUAGUAACAGCAAUGGCAUCAGCUUGAGUGGAAGCAGUUCAUCGGCAUUGAACUUGAGUGAACAGAAGAUUUCAAUUUUGUUUCCGAAAUGCAAACCUAGGGUAACGGAGCAUUAUCAGACGUCAGUGGCGACUUCGACGUCAACGACGGCUAGUUUCGGAAUUUCGGCGGCAGUGAACAGCAUUAAUAAUAACAUCAACAACAGUAACAGUGAUAGAGGUGUGAUUGGUGGUGUGGGGGGUAGGGAUUUGAGUGGUGGUAUUGGUAGUGGUGGGAUGAGUGCAGUGACCUCCAGUAGUAAAUCGUCCGAUGUCACGGGGACUUCUUCUUCACUGACGACGGCGACUUCGUUGGGUUCGGCAUCGUUCGGUAGCAAUACGCUUGGCGGAGGUAGUGGUAGUCUAGGAAUUGGUAUUGGAGGGGGAAAGUCUUACACGAUCGAUAUGAGUGGAUACAGGGGAGUAGGGAAUUCGCGGAGUUCUACAGGUUAUGAUCUGCUUGGAGGUGGUGGAGCAGCGAACAGCGGCAGUUCGGAGCUGAACUCGCAGUUGAACAACAAUCACUACGACAGUGGUAGCCGUAUCGGAGGGUCUAGCAAUAGACACACUAGUUCCCUAGACAAAUACAGCUUCUACUACAACAAUCAGCCGCCUCCUUUGUCCAGUUCUCCGACGGAAAACAAUCUAAACACCACUGGUGGCAGUAGCCAAUUUCUGCCGUCGGACGACGAGGAAGAUGAGGAAGAACUACGGAAGGACAGCUAUCCACGGCACGGCUAUUACAGCAGUCGUUACUACAAUCUUCCGAAGCAAGAUCCAGGAACGCCGAGUACAAACCGAUAUCCUCCUCACUGGGACCUUUCUCCAAGUAGCGUACUGUCCUACUCAACGCCUUCUACUACCAACACAACAUCGUCUAUGAACAAGCAACGUCCAUCGCUCAAAAGCUCCUACACCAAGGUACUGCAAUCACCGCUGGAAGACGAAAGCGAUAUCGAAGACAAGCUAAAGUACUUCAACUAUCAGAACGAAAUGCACAGCACAAGCAGCAGUAAAAUGGGAGGAGGAGUCGGAGAAAACAAACCGUCGAUACCCUCGGGUAUCUAUAGCAAUUACAAGACCAACGAAAUGAUCGUGUUCAAUGACAUUGACGGAGUGGGGGAAAACGUGAGCGAACGGCGACGCGUUCAGCAUCAUCAAUCGAUGGAAAUCGGUGGAUCAACAGAAGUGAGAGUCGGAAGUGCGGGGACUGGUUUAAGGGUAUCUCCAGCUGUGAUGAUUGCCGAUAGUGGCUCUCGGGAUGAAGAACUGGUUGAACAACUACAACCGCCGUCUUCGUCGUCGUUGGCAGUUAAUGAAGGGGAUAAUCUCGACGGCGGAAUGGGUACUAAAAUUGACGAUGCGAUGCUGCAUAAUAAAACAAUGACCAGCGCCAGCGCCAUCGGAAGCAGCCCGGCCCUGCCCGGAUCCGGUUCGAAUAUUAUGGAAUACGAAGGAUCGCCCCGACGGUUCGGAUUGAGCCUAAACGAGGACAGCUCCUUGUACUAUCUGUCGUCCAAUUUUAAAUUGAAUCUGACUUCUCCAUCGCUACAAACACCGCCACGUCCAGGCUUCCCGCAGCGUGUGUUAACACCCGCUAACAACAACAAUAGUAUCAACAACAAUAAUAACAAUAACAACAGUAGCAACAGUGCUGCCACCACUCCGACGCCAAACAACAACAACAGCCACUACUACCCGACGCGAUCGCCCACACUGCUGGAACAGGUUAGCUCCGGCUUAAACGGAUCGGUCACCUUCGACGCUAACGCUCUUUUAAGUGAGUUCGACGCUAAGCGGGCCGCCGUCAGUAUCGUCAAUCGAUCGAACCUAACAGAUUCGGUUAGUAGUAAACUGAACGUCCUAAGGCUGGACACUUCCUCGCCUAGCGGCGAUUACUCGAAAACGGACGAAUUCCAACAGCAGCAGCAAUCGUUGAAGGUGACGCGAUGCUCACCGGAACACCACAAAACGACAACCACACCCUCGAUACUGGGCCUAACUUCCACGACGGCGGACGAUGCGCCGACGUUUGGGGCCGGUUCGUUUACGACGCCGAUUACGGCUUCGUCUACCUUCGACUAUCUGUACGAGUUUAGCGAGACGCGCAAGGUGCUGGAGGAGUUCUUCAAGUGUCCGACCACCGAAGAUGUGGAGAAGGCGUUCGAGAAGUUUAGCGAAAGCGGAGACGAUGUUGAGAGUUUGGACAUCCACUAUGACUACCCCUCGGAUCUGGGGGAUAGUAAAACGACGCUGGAAACGACCUACAUCGGAACAACAUCGGCGGUCGGACCACAGACGACCACCAUGGAGCAGAACCAUGUUUACCACCACCGGCACCAGUCAACGAAUGCGUACGGUAGCAGCAGCAUCAACAACAUGAUGGAAAACUCAUCCAGCAGAAUGGGCAACAGCAUCCUCCAAAAAUCCCCGACGACGACAAUGCACAACAACAGCAAGAAUAAUAACAACAACAAUCUUAGCAACUACCAUAGUAACAAUGUACUGGUGAAAAGUGACGACGAUUGCUGCGAUGAAGAAGAAAAUGAUGAGCGGGACGACGGAGAGGUGGAGGACGAGGAAGACGAAGAAGACGAUUUGGAGGGGGUCGGAAACAAUCUCAAGUAUAUGAUCAAUGUGAAGUGCAAACCGAGAAUCAAAAACGGAUACAGCAGUUUUCGGAAGAAAAAGCAAGAGAAAAAUCGACAGUUAUCGGCAGUAGUAGGCGGCGGCGUCGGCGGAAUCGGAGUUCCGCCAUCGGGGAUUGUUAACGACGAUAAUGACGAUGGGGAGGAUGAGGAAGAGAUUGAUAUUUAUAGCGCUACUCAUCAUCACAACCCCCAUCACCACAACCAUCAGCCGCAGCAGCAGUCGUCUUCGCUUCAGCAGCAACAUCACGGCGGUGGUUUCCAUCAGCGGAUGCAACCAUCUCAGGAACAGACACAACAGCAACAACAACAGCAGGGUUUGGGUAAUGUGCGGCAACACGUGACCCUUCGGCAGCAGCAGCAGCAGCAUCAGUAUCAGGACCAUGAGCGCCACUUUAGCCUCUACUUGGAUCCCGGAAGUCGUGCCAGCAGCUGUGAUGUGAUAAAUGAAGCUCAACUUGAUUCGACCCAGUUCAUGACGACGAACGGCGGAACUGGAAGCGGAAAGCGAUUCAAAGGAGCCAGCACAAACGGAACCAAUGGUGGAAGCGGAGGAGGCGGCGGCGGAAAGAAGUCGCAGCAGCCCCCGCGUAGGCCUAGCAAAAAUUUCAACUACUCUCCGGAUACGACCGAUUACGAGAGCAACUGCGGUGAUUACGAUAGCGAGAUAUCGCUCAAGUAUGGCAGCGAGUUCGGUGGACUAAUGACUAAUGGCUGCCCGAAUGGUCCUGCCGCAUCAUGUGUCGGCGACGGUAGUGCCGAGGACUGUAACAACACCACCAUCGGUGGUCUGUCAUCUAUCCAUGGCGAAAAUACUCCUGGAAAUAUGCAACCCGGCAACACUCCCUUUUCCCGGUACUACACCAGCAUGCCAGUCCUGGAAGACGGACUUUCGAGUGGGCACGUGUCCGAUACGGAAAAUAACAAUCCGGUGACCCACACGUUACCCACGCCGGAUCUCAUCAACAGCAGCCACAAACUGCAACAACAGCAUCCGAUGACCUCACCAACGACAACAACUACUGGGCCACCCACAAGUCAACAGCAUCAGAAUGGACUGACAAACAACAGUCAUACCAACAACAACAACAAUGCUUUGCCCGAUGGGCUUUACGGUGGCAAUGGGUAUAAGCUGAAUGGUUCAUCGCUCGGGUUGAAUUCCAGCACCCUGCAGAACAAUAAAAUUUUCAAAAACCGGGACCCGGAGCUGGAAUCGCUGUACACCAUCAACACCAUCCAAUCAACGCCGCCUCCACCUGCUCCAGCACCGCACAGGAAAUCCUCGAUCGACUGCGAUCCCCAACUCACAAUGCAACAGCUCCACAGUCAACAGGCGGACGUCCACGCGGCUCUCAAGGACAUCCGAACGUGUCUACAGCGCACCAAAACCCUCGCAUCCCCAACGACCGCCCAGCUACCACCAUCUAGUAAUCAUACACAGCAACAGCAGACCACCGGUCAGCCGUCCAAACAUCCCAUGAUCUCGGCAACGGACAAGCUAGAUUCUCCAGUUCCUUCGAUUUCACCGGUCUGGAUUCCACGAUCCCGGGACGGCAAGCUGGUGGUAGCUCACUCGACUCCUCCGAUGAACAACAGCUCCUCGCCGGGACUGUUGCUCCCCACAACGCCAACCACUGGACCACCGAACGAACGAUCGGCAAACCAGUCCAGCGAAAAGGACUCGCUACUGCAUGGAAUUAGUUCCAAGAACCUAAGUGCUCUUGAUGAUGACGAAGAUCCGGACACGGAUCUGGAGACGGAUCGACUGCUGGGUCACCAGAGAUUGGACGACCAGGGCUUCUACGACGACAACAGCAAGAGUUGGUCGGAUCGGAAGACCCGAUCUUCGUUACUGCACAAAUUGUCACCCAAACAGCAAACCGGAAGUGGUGUAGUUGGGGUUGGAACAACUGGUACAACUGGGACCGGUGGCUCUUCGUUGUAUAGCAGUAGUAACGGCACAAAACCAGGUGGCAAUCAGCAGGGAUCAUCGUUGCUGAGACAGGGCCUUUCGACCUUGCUAUCCCCGACCAGUGCCCAGGGGGUUGGCGUUAGUUCGUUACCGGAGAUUGUGCAGUCCAGUAAGUUGUCCCCGGCGCUUCAGAACAGUGUCACGGGAACCGGUUUGAACACCAGCGGUAGUGGAAAUUUGAUCAACCUAAAUGGGCCCAGCGAUGUAACGGGAUCUACGAUUUCCCCUAGUCAUAGCCCGGACCAGACUUCGCCGACGAAGCUGGAGAAACAGACGACCGAAAGCGGAAGUCCAAACGGGUCUACCAAUUCAAAGUCCGAUACCGAUAAGAAGAAGAAGAACAAGAAUAAGGAAGUUCUGAUUGAAGGCGUCCUGUUUCGGGCACGUUAUCUAGGAUCGACGCAGCUCGUCUGUGAGGGACAACCAACAAAAUCGACUCGGAUGAUGCAAGCGGAAGAAGCUGUCUCACGAAUUAAGAGUCCGGAUGGUGAAACACAGCCGAGUACCGAGGUCGACCUGUUCAUUUCAACAGAGAAAAUCAUGGUGCUGAACACCGACCUCAAAGAGAUCAUGAUGGAUCACGCCCUGCGAACGAUAUCCUAUAUCGCUGACAUCGGAGAUCUGGUGGUGCUGAUGGCCCGGAGACGAUUUGUGCCACAGGACGUCGAUUCGGGUGAUUCGGGAACCGGUGGCAAUGGAGGCGGAACCACCACAGCAGCCGGUACCGGAAACCAAUCCGGAGGAAGUCAAACUACGCCACCGCAGAAGAGCGCCCUGGGAAGCGUCAAGGGUAACCGGACGCCCAAGAUGAUUUGUCACGUGUUCGAGAGCGAGGAGGCACAGUUCAUUGCCCAGUCGAUCGGCCAGGCGUUCCAGGUUGCCUACAUGGAGUUCCUGAAGGCGAACGGAAUCGAGGAUCACAGUUUCAUGAAGGAGAUGGACUACCAGGAGGUGCUCAACAGUCAGGAGAUAUUCGGUGACGAGCUGGAGAUCUUUGCCAAGAAGGAACUGCAGAAGGAGGUGGUCGUUCCGAAAGCUAAGGGAGAGAUCCUAGGGGUGGUGAUCGUGGAAUCAGGGUGGGGUUCUAUGCUACCUACGGUGGUCAUCGCCAAUCUGGCUUCUGCGGGUGCUGCGGCUCGAUGUGGACAGCUGAAUAUAGGUGAUCAGAUCAUAGCAAUUAACGGGCUGAGCUUGGUGGGACUUCCUCUGAGUACCUGCCAGAGCUACAUCAAGAAUACCAAGAACCAGACGGUGGUCAAGUUCACCGUCGUUCCCUGUGCACCGGUAGUAGAGGUUAAGAUCAAACGUCCGAACACCAAGUAUCAGCUGGGUUUCAGCGUUCAAAACGGAGUGAUUUGCAGUCUGCUGAGGGGUGGCAUUGCUGAGCGAGGUGGCGUUCGAGUCGGGCAUCGGAUCAUAGAAAUCAACAACCAAAGCGUGGUGGCCGUGCCACACGAGAAGAUUGUGAACCUGCUGGCGACGUCGGUGGGAGAGAUUCUGAUGAAAACAAUGCCAACAUCAAUGUUCCGGCUGCUCACCGGUCAGGAAAAUCCAGUCUACAUCUAAGAAGGACUAACGGAAUCGGCACUGUCCCGGUGAACAAACAAGAAAGUCCAACUCUGGAAGUUUCUCUAAACUUUAAACAAUAGAAAUUAAAAAUUUUCGUUAAUGUUUCUCGAGUGAAACUGAACUUCAAGAGGAGAUGAAAUAAAAACAAAAACCAGUAUAUCGGAAUUAAUUCACGCCUUGGCCUUGCAAGUACUUAAACUACUAAAAAAAUGACUAAACCCAAAAAAACAGUUGGAUAAGCUAUUACACACACAAUCGGUUGAUUAGUUGAUGGAAAGUUUGAUAAAUAAAGUUGGACAAACCAAAAAAAAAAGGAAACGUAUGAACAACGGACUGCAAAUAACUGUUGCGAGCAUUUAAGUGUAAUUAACCUAACCUUACAAAAAAAAAAAAAAAAAAAAAGAAAACCGCUCCCACACGCGAUGGAUCUAAAUAACUGUAUUUAAAAAGAAUAUCUAACAUUAGCUAAAACAAAACAUAAAAAAUAAAAAAAACUUAGACACACGGCUUUUUGUACUGGGGAAGAAGAAUGAAUUGAAGAAAAAUAACAACCGGUGAUUUGAUAUCAGAUGAUAAAUCCCGCGUAACGCAUAAGUGCUAGAAUAUAUAUAAAAAAACAUUUUCAAACUCAGAACAAAACUACCAAAGAAAGAUUUGAACAUCGCUAAGAGUUAAAAGCAAACGAAAAAGUCAAACUCAAUGACUAAUGGACAAGGCACACAGCGACCGAGAACAAGCACUAGAAUAUAUUUUUUGAAAUUGUUUAAAGUUUAGCUUAACAAAAUGAGAGAAAUGAUCGAUUUCGAAAGUCGAUUGAGCAAAUAUCUUAGAAAGAUUCGAACGGGAGAAAGCCAUUCGACUCGAAACGCCUACAAGAAUUGUUCUGCAUUGAAAAUUAAAACAAACAAACAAAAAACAAUAUCAUUCGCAUAAUCAAGCACAUUGUAGACGAGGGCGAGAAUUGAGGAAAAUGAAAAAACACAAACAGCAUGCUUGAAGUCACUAAGCUAUAGAGAAAAAACAAAACAAAACAAAAUAAGUCAUACGUAUCCGAACACGUGCAAAGUACGAAACGCGACUGAACAGAGCUAUUGGGUUUUUGGGUAUUGAACCACAACAACAAAGUAUUGCUUCGUCUAUUGUUACCUAUACUCUUAUUACUAUUAUUACUACUACGAAAACUACAGCUACUGCUGACAAAACUACUACAGCUAUACAAGAAGAAACAACAAAGAAAAUGGCGGAAAUCAAUACUACGCAAAAACCAACAACAAACCUGUGCUAUGAGUCCUUUCCAUAAAAAAAUGAAAAAAAAAAUCAAACAUAUAAAUAACACAUACCUACAUAAACAUAUAUAUUUUUGGACGUAAUUUGUGCAGCAUCAGUCAGUACCUUCCUUGUUCUUGUUUUUUGUCCCUAACCGUAAAAUGCUUAACAAAAAUAUGAAAAAAAUGAAAAAAAAAACUUAAAUACGCCUCAAUAAACACUCACAUCCAAAAAUACACAUACACACGCCGACACAGAAGCAAACGAACGGGAAACAAAAAAAAAUCUAAGGAAAAACAACAAAAGCAGCUUUUUAUAUAUUUAGAUUAUUAAAUAAAUGUACAUUUAGAUAGGUUUUGCUGAGUCCCGUUGAAUAAAAAAAAAACGAACAAUGUAACAAAAAAGAGGAAACAAAACAAUGCGAUUGGGCCGUCCCUUUGUGUGAAUCUUUAACAUGUAGAGAAACCACCAGUACCAUCACCUUGUUUUUUUUAACAACCGACAAAUUUUGUCUUUAAUCAUGACAGUGUAGUAGCGCUUAGGCUUACAUUUGUAGGUGUAAGGAUCGAGCUAGAAUCAAAAGGCCCUUGAAAAGUCAACAAAAAAAAACCAGAAGAAAAACAAACAGGAAACAAUACCCUCACAAAUAACAAUAGACAUGAAACAAAACACUCCAUUAGAGCUUGCAUUAUUGUUCAGUUGAAUUUUAGAUUUUGGGCGAAACAAGCAGAUUUUUGUAAAUUGAUAUUAACUUCAUGAGUCUUUGAAAAGUAUACAUGAUACUCAAAAAUAAAGAAAUAUAAAAAGAAUGCUAAAACCGUUGAUGAAAACUUUAGAGUUCUAUCAAAACCAGUGAUUUUUUUUUAUAAUUUGACUGUAAUAAUCACUCAAAUUCCUUCUGAACAAAGUGAAAACAUAUUUUUAUAAGGCUCGGCCUCGGUAGUUGUUAUUUCAAGGUCCCUUCGAAAAGUAUACACGAUAUUCAUGGGUAAAUUUGUCAGAGGAAUCAUGGACAUGCAGACCAAACUAAAAUAAAUUCGAUAUGGUUGUCGAUCUGAUAAUGAUUUCGUUUAUUGCCAGUUCAUAAAUGGAAUCACAACUUGACUCGAAACCAAAUUGUUGUCAGAUAAUGAUUUUGAGUUUGAACCUCCUAUUACGGAAUUUCUCUGGUUAUCAGAUGGUGGUAUUUCAAAAACAAAAGAACUUACAGCUUAGCUUGUAAACAGAAAAUAGAACCUGAGCUACGAUAUAAACGGAAUUGACUAGAUUCAAGCAAUCAAGAUUGGGUUACCGAAUACUCAAUCGUACAUUCAUCAUUCACAUUUGGCUAAGAAGAUUCUAGGCGCUUCUUGUUCCAAAAUUCUGGUCAAUUGAUGAUCAUGUUUAUGACCUAAUUUUAGGCAAGGUUUAGGGUCAAUUAAUGUUCAUGAUCUUUCAUGAAGUUUUUGAAAACAUCAGGACUCUACCAUUUUCUGACCAGAAUACAGGCUUAUACAAAUCUUUCCAAUGUGCGGAUGUAAAGUCUAUGUUUGAUUCUUUAUCUUCAACCGUGCUUCGUAGACCUUCUGUUAAUAAUCGAUGAACCCUGAACCCUGAUCAAAAACACAUCCAACUAAUAAGGCCCCCAGUAUCUUGAGCUUUGGUCAAGUGUUUUUGACCAAGAAGUCAAGUCAAAAAGUGUUCAAGGUAGACUCGAUACUCUAACGUACAUUUUUCACAGAAUGCGCUGAUAUUUGCUUUGGACCCAGGAGGCUCUUCAUAAAUCGUAUGACAAUUGGUAGUCCAAGUGUUCUCUUGGAAAUUUCGAGAGCUCAAUCCAAAAUACAAUUAAGUUCAUGACUGUGCAAUUAUUUAGAAUUUUUUGAAACUUUAUAUCUAGUUUACUUGGGCUUGAAUGAUGAGAAUUCUCACUAUACAUCUGUGUGAUUUGAAUUGGUUGGCAAAGCGGCACAAAUAAUUAAACAACUCCAACACAACCCAUAUUUUCUUUCAUUAAAAGAAGAAAAAAGGAAUAUUUAAAAAAUUCCAUUCGUAUUCUCUUUCAGCGAUGAAUUUAAUAGAUCUGUCAAAUAGCCUUUCGGGCCAAAAAAUACGCAAGCUACAUUCCAACGUGUUUUGCACAGAAUCCAAUGCAACUGAUUUUGCAUAUUCUUUUAAGAAUGGAAAAUAUUAAUUCACGAGAAUGCCGUUCGGUUCAAAAAACAUCCCAUAUAACAUUGAACGAUUUUAAAGAAAUAUUUUUGAAUACCCGGUCAUUCGGUGUGCAUCGAUCCAAAAAAAUUAAUUUAAAAUUUUAAUAUUUUUAAUAAGAAAAGAGCUAUUUUCCACGAUUUAUGAACAGUAUAAAGUUAUCAUUCAUUCGUCAUCAUUUCACUUUUGUUUUCAAGGUUGAAGUGUUAAAGAAGUUAAGUUCUGAAAUCCUUCCGCGGUAGCCCGGAUAAAUUUAUAGAAGAAAAAUUGUUAAAGAUUUCAUCUUUACGUGCUUACACUACAAUAUUCACAUGCUUUGCUUUCCAGAAAAAAAGUAAACCAAUUCCAAACGAACCAAUUAACAGAAGAAAAAACAUUUCAAUAACUGGUAUUUGUGCAACUUUAAACUAGCGGAACAAAAAAAACACAAAGCAAACAUUUAUAGAAACAUCAACAACAACAGAAAACGUUACAACACUUUAUAAACAUAAAUACAAAUAGACGCUUGAUCUCUCUCUUGUUUAACGCAUCAAUGUCCUAAACGUGUAGAAGUGUGCUUUAAAUGGAAACAUACAAACCAAACAUAAAGAUUUUUUAUACUUAUUUUGUAUCGCGUAGUUCCUAAAUUCCCCAAUCUGGAUGUGUGUGUCCUAUCAUAUUUAUGUACUCAUGUAUAUCAGAACAACUAGUGAAAAAAAAAACAAACAAGUGUGCUUUCGUUUUAUUCGAGAAAAACCUGUUACCAAUUGGCAAUCUGAAAAGAAAGAAAA